AUGUUUUCCGAGCUUGGCACUGAGGCGAUCCAUUUGGCAUAUCUGGCUAGGGUUCGGGAAGCCUGGGACGAUUGGACUGGCGUCAUAAACCGGAAAGAGCGAAGGAGAUUACAAUAUCGCAUCAAUCAGCGUAGUUUCCGUACAAAGCAAGGCAACGAGGCGAAAUCGCAGAUUGCCAUCAUUUCCCCCACCUCCAAUUUGCCCAAUCCGCGUAUGCUUCCACUUGAGUUCCAGGAGGAAAGUGGUGAGAUUUGGGAAUGCACACUAGCACCGCCAAAUGCCCGUCAAUACCGUAAAUUGUUUGAGGCAAAAGCCUACGAAAGCUACAUUAACGGCGCGCCGAACAGGGAUCACCUCAUCAGCCUCAGCCGGCUGAACGUGCAUAGAGCCAUCAACGAAAACAUCCGUGCAGUUGGCAUGACGUCCAGAUGGUUGCAAGAUGAUAACUCGAUAUCAAUAUUCAACCUUGCCCAGCCCAGCUUCUCAAUAGAGGGGAUUCCGCCCUGCUUACACCCAACUUCUAUUCAGCUAUGUGUGCCUCAUCAUCCUUGGUUCGACUUUUUUCCCUUCCCUCGCAUGCGUGAUUGUAUGAUUCUUGCUGGCGACUCUUUUGAUGACGAUGACCUUUGUCACGAUCUCAUGGCCUUUUGGGAUACAAGAAAUACAGCUGCUACGUUACUAGUGUGGGGAGACUCGUGGGAUGCAAGAAAUUGGGAAGUUACGGAAGGCUUCGCGCAGAAAUGGAAAUGGCUGCUCCUUGAUUCGCCAGAGUUACUGGCUUCCACGAAUCGUUGGAGAAAGUCUAGAGGGGAGAAACCCUUCAUAUGGAAAGAUAUUUUGACAGAGGCAUAA